AUGAUCAAGAUACGAACAAAGAAAUUGGUACGAUUUCUUAGUGAUCCAAGUGGUUACAAAAAUAAACCUAUGACAGGUACAAAUAACAAUAAGAUUACAGAAGAUCAAUUAAAUGAAAAUUUUCAAAUACCAAUAAAACAUAAUUAUUUAACUAGAAGAAUAUUUUCUCGUCAAUCUUCACAGAAAAUUAAUCAUCUAGAACAAGAAUCACAAUGUAUUAGUGAAAUAUUACAAAAACCGCAAUUUACUCAUGUUACAUCAGUAUGCAAAGAUGAAUCAAAUCAACAAGAUAUUGUUAUUUCGUCUAAAUCUUUACAUACAGUUAUCGAAACAGAUUUAACUUUUCAUCGUGAUAUCAAAGCAGGUAGUCAACGAUUUCGUUGGAAUAUAUUAUUUAAUAUUCUCGUUUGGCUCAUUGUACCAUUUCCAUUAUGGAUACCAUUCAUCUCUAACAAACUUGCAUAUUUAAUAAUACCUUCUAUUCAAUGUCUAUUUGUUUUCAUGUGGAUAAUUAUUGCCAUAUUAGCUAUGAAAAAUGCAUUGAUUUUAUAUUUAAAUCGUUAUCGAGAUUUUUUGAAAGAUGUUGAUAAAUCUUCAUCGAAACAUAUUCGACAUAUUGUUGCAAUUAUUUGUUAUAAGGAACCAGUGGACUUAAUAGCUCGAAGUAUUCAAACAAUUGCAGAUCAAACUGAAGUACAUAGAAUAACAAUGGUUAUUUCAUUUGAAGAACGAACACCAAAUAAAGAAGAAAAAUGUGAAUUUUUAGAAAAAAAAUUUAUUCAAUGUGGAUUUGAACGAAUCAUAUUCACUAUUCAUCCAUAUGGUUUGCCGAAUGAAAUACCAGGAAAAUGUUCCAAUUCUAAUUAUGGUCUUCGUAUGGCUGUUCAACAAAUGGCAAUUAAUGAUAACGAUACAGAUAAUAUCUUAAUAACAACAUGUGAUGCUGAUUCAAAAUUUUCACCUGAAUAUAUAAGUGCAUUAGCAUAUAAAUAUUUAAAAGAAAAACAACCAGCAUUAUCUACAGUUUAUCAAUCACCUUUAUUUUAUAAUUGGAAAUUAGAUGGUUUAUCAUUUGUUAGUCGUGUUACUGGUUUAUUGAGAAGUUUGUUAAUGUUAGGCGCAUUGAUUCCAUUUAAUAUAAAUACAAUGAGUAUUUUUUCAUAUUCAUUAAGUCUUGCACAGAAAGGAAAUUAUAUUCAUCCAGCAUAUCAAAUGGAUGAUAUUAUUUGUCUUAUUCGUUGGAUGGGAGUAACAAAACAACGAUUAAGAAUAUCGAUGAUACCUGUACCUGUUUUAAGUGGUCCAACAAAUGGAGAAACAAUUGAAAAAGAAAUUAUUGAAUGGACAAGACAAGCUCGACGAUGGACUAUUGGCGCUAUUGAAGUAUUUCAUUAUUUUAUUGUUAAAGCAAAAGGAAUGCCAUCAUUUGCUGCAUGUUGUUGGGGAAUUUGUUUUAUUAUUUAUUAUGGAAUUCUUUUAUGUACAGGUGGUUUAUAUGGUCUUACAUCAAUGUUAUCUAUGUUUUUACUUGUUAAAGAUGUUCCAUUCAUUAUUACCUACAUUAUGUAUGGGAUGUUGGCUGUACAAAUGUUAACAUUUCUAGUUGCAUUUAUUAUCGAUGGAUUUAUUCCAAAAUUAUUGAAUAUAGAAGAAUAUAUUUGUCUUCCACGAAAUUUCUUUCAUUUUCUAACAACACCAUUUGUUCUCUUAGCUUAUUCAUUUGUAGAAUUUUAUGCAUUACAUGAAAUUCUUAUAUUUGGGAAGAAAGUAUGUAAACAUGGUGCAUCAGCAAAGAUGGCUCUUUAA